UACACCGGGAGCCAGGGGCUGGCUGUGAAGCGGCUCCAUGAGGAGGGAGAGCCCUGCAGAGCCCAGCCGGAGUAGAGAGAGAGAGAGGACGAGUGGUGGCGGGCCAGUUGGGAAGUUUGGAUGCAUAUGAUCACAACCACCAUGAUUUUUAUGAUUCUGGGUGCUUCAGUUGUUAUGGCGAUCGCCUGUUUAAUGGACAUGAACGCACUACUGGAUCGCUUUCACAACUACAUCCUGCCACAUCUACGAGGGGAGGACCGCGUCUGUCACUGCAACUGUGGGAGACAUCAUGUGCACUAUGUCAUCCCGUACGAUGGGGACCAUUCCCUGGUGGACUCCUCAGAGAACUACUUUGUAAGUGACAGUGUGACCAAGCAAGAGAUGGACUUAAUGCUGGGCCUGCUGCUGGGCUUCUGCAUCAGUUGGCUCUUGCUGUGGCUGGAUGGCGUCUUGCACUGCGCCGUCAGGGCCUGGAGGUCGAGCCGCUACUACGAUACGCCGUCCUGGUCUUGGCUGCCGCAAUUCUGCAACCUUCGAGAGUUGCGUCGUAGGGCCCAGCUCCGACAGUUGGACGACUCCAGUGGCAACAUGGUGCACAUCAAGCAGAAGCUCUACCACAAUGGCCACCCAAGCCCCCGUCACCUCUGACUCAACAACAGAAACACAACCAACCAACCAACCAGUCCAGAAUUUCCCCUUUCACCCGCCCCUAAACCUCACGGCAGGUGGCCUCACGGGAAUCUCCGCACACCACCCUGAUAACAUUGCCCUCUAAAAACCCCUAAGAGAACUUUCCUCAGUCAGAUGCAGGCUCCCAUCAGCCCCAGAGAAAGUCCCAAAUGAAGUCAGGUCCAACAUUUUGGGAGCAGGAACAACAACAAAAAAACAUUUUUAAGGGUGUGUUUUUUUCUUGUAUAGAGACAUUUUCUGUGUUCAUUGUUUAACUUGGCAUGCUCUUUUAGAACAGGGUAUGACGUGGGCAGUGUUUGCAUUUUUAUUUUGGGUAGGAGACUUGUUGCUUUGGGGAGGUGUGGGCGGGGGGUGAAUGCAAUUCCUGGGUGGCCGGGUUUUUGUGAUGUUAGAUUGCUGCUUGUGUAGAUAUGUAAAAAUAUGGGCCAGAGGGGUUAAAAAAAAGGGGAGGGGUGAUGACUUGUUCCUCACUAAAUGAUUGGCUUGGUCGGUCCAGAAUUCAGCAAUGGAAGAGGAAGCUAAGUCUGUUUUAAAAAUGGAUGUGAAACCAUGUGAAAUUCGGCCGAAGAAGAGCCACAGACAAAUUAGCUUUAUAGUGAAUUAACUGAAUGUGAUAUUUUCUUUUUCAUGUAAAUAUUUGAAAGGGAGUGCGCGACAAGGGUUGUGGUAUGGGUUCUCUUUGCUUCAUAUUUUUAUUAUUUCGGAGAAUACACGGAAGUUUUUGGUUUUUAUGUAUGUAGACCCCUUUUCAUUUUCUCACUGUUGUUUACAGGCUGUUGGCCAAGCAGAAUUCACAAAGCUCAAGCAGAACUACCCAAUAUAACCCAAACUAAUGAAAUAAUUCCCGAUACCUCCCAUGAGGAAUAAAAACCCUGUAAAAGAAUAAAAGCUCUGUAAAAUGUUUUCAAA